UGCUUCUGGCCGUGAGCUGCAUGCAUGUACACCAGGCAGGUGCACCAACUACAGCGCGUAACCGACUGGGCUUGCGCUGCCGCCCGCUUUGGGAACAAUCCCCCCCCCCCUGCUCGACAUGCUGUACAUUAUGGUGUGAUCGUCAGGGGUGGGUGCUGCUCUCCAGCCGGCCCCUUGCUCGACACCACGUGGGAACACGGCGGCUGACUGACCAACGCAGCGGACACGGGCUUUCAAAGCUCGGACACCCACACUCACUCAGACAGCACUUUGUCAUCUUUGAUCUUUGGGGUGGGGGGAGGGGGGAUGGAGGACUUGCGUCGCACUCGUGUCACUGCGGAGAGCGAGGAAAAGAGCAUGUUUCAGAUGCCUCUCUCUCUCUCUCUCUACAUCGUACAGGUACAGUCAGUCCAGUCUACCGACCAUUUGCCUGGCACACACACACACACCCCUCUCUGCCAUCUCAUUGGUUACGCAACGAGCAUGGCCUUGGUUGUCUCUCCCGAGACGGACGAUGCCGAGUCUGCCGAGGCUGGCUUGGCCACCGGUCUGCCUUGUUGAUGGGGGCUCUCUCGGCCGACGGGGGAUAGAGAGAAAGAGAGCGGAUGCGGCGACAAUGACCAGAGAGAGACACGUCAAACAAAGUGUCAAAGAGACAUAGCACACGAGGUGCGAGCACGCCCUCGGGGCCCAAAGCAUGACAUGAAUGAAUGAGCGAGCGAGCUGUCGGAACAAGUCGACCGUAACUGCAUUUUGUCUGAGACUCAAGUGAGAAUGAGAUGUGUGCCACGGUCACGCAAUCGAUGAUGCAGCUCCCCGAGACUUUCUCCUCCUCACCCCCCGUGAGACGCAAGCACCAGGCUCAGCAUCGUAGCACCGCGAGCAUCCUGUGAAUCUUAUCAGUUGCCUCAACUCAGGCGGCAAUGCCACCAUCCAUCUCUCUCUCUCUCUCUCUCGCGCGCGCUCGUGCUCGAGCGUGCGGGAGGCACAGCGAGGAGAAACAGGGCGGGCGGGGCGGCUUGGCUUUACGACGCGCCAGCCGCUGUACAAUCUAUGACGGAAUACCUGCAGUCUGCAAGUCACAUAUCACCACUACUGCUAUCCGCCCCCCCUCGCUUGCUCCCAUAUAUUGGAUGCGAUAUUCCCUUUGCGGUGAUUGUCCGACGGCAUUUCCAGCAGAGUUGGUUGAGGGGGAGGGGUGGGUUCAGGGUUCACGUCGGGCGAGCGCGACGACAACGACGACGACGACGACGACGACGACGAUGUACAAUACACUCUAAAAACGCCACAGCAGCACACAGCCAGGAGCCUAACCAGUCCUGCUGGGACCUGCAGGAGACUUGGCUUGAAGGCAGAUCGGGAAUGGCGCGAUGCCGAGGUUGGUUCGGCCCAUCGCAGCCUGUCACUUGUUUCCGUGUGUCCGGGCGACGAUGAACCUCAGUCAGCCAGUAAGUAAGUCAGUCAGUCGCAUCAAGCGCUUCAGCCAUCUGUGCCUCCAUCCCGAUACUCGCCGCCUGAAUGGCAGGUCCCCUCCCCCCCCCCCCCCCACUUGUCGCAGAAUCGUCCUCGCGGGUGGUGCGAAGGAGCUGUGUCGUGAUGCUGCGCCGGUUGCACUGAUCAUCAGCCCACCCUCUAUCGGCCCCAACAACUGUCGUGACGGGGACGUCGCCGGUCGACGAUAGAUACAUCAUGCCUCAUGAGGCCGAACCCCCUUCAGACCUUUCAACCACUUGGUCCAGAGAGAGGGGGGCACAUCAUGGUGCGAGGUGUUGAGACAUGCCAAUGUUUUGUCCGCGCAACAUCCAAAUUCGCGUCUCCUCUAUCGUGCCCCUCCCUCCCCCCUACUCCGCCGUUCGUUCAUCAAUGUCAGAUCAGACGGAACCAUUGACACCACCGGCCGGAAGGUUGAUAUCGCUUCCCCAGAUAAUCAAUCAAUCGGCGUCUCUCCGUGUCUUGGGUACCGUCUCAGCCACCAUCCAUUGACGGCUUCUUCAACAUUCAGGCACCCUCCCGUCCGUCCGUCUGGGAUUGAAAACGGUGCGAGGGGCCAGGACGGGUCUGACAUGUCUACCGUGGAUCG